AUGAAACGGGCAGAAAUAAAAUACCCAAAGAAUAAAAACAAAGAAAAGAAAAAUGAACUUACCAAACUCUUUAAACUCAUCAAUAAAUCUAUUAAACUCGACUACUUUAAGCGUAGAGAAAUGAUUAUAACAACAAAUAUAAAUAGCUUUGAAAGCACUAAGAGAGCCUUCAAGGAACUAACUCUUCAAAAGAAAAGGAUACAGAAACUCGAAAACAACUCUGAAGAGAAUAAUUUAAGAAAAGAUGUGAUAGGCCACGCUACCAAAUUUUAUAAACAACUAUACAAAAAGAAGGAGAAGACGAGAAUGCAUUGGAAAAAGAAAUUGAUAAUAAAUCUAGAGUAA